AUGGGCAGCUUUGUGCCUGGAUUUGGAAGGGUUCUGGGGGAAAGAAGAAGGGGGGGAGGCCGACCAGCCGCUCCAGAGCCAGGCCCUUUCCUCGAGGGCGCAUUCCUGGAGGCCCCCUGCGGCACGGCCACGCCCUUGGCAGGCUGGCAAGAGACUCUGUGCCUGGUGCCUCUGCCUGACCGAGGAAGCCCAGCUGGGGCCAUGCAGCUGGGCUCUUGGAGGGAAGCGGACAAGGAAAGGGCUGGUGCCAUGCUGGGAACGUGGCACAGGAGCCUCACGUUGGUGCUGGCUUGCUGGACACUGGCUGCAGUGUGCACCUCCGCCCUCAGGCCUGGUUGUGAGAAACCGCUUCACUCUGGGUCUAGUGUUGACUCUGGGGCCCAAGGAAGAUGGAUGGUGCCGCCAGCCAUUCAUUUCCUCGCCUUCCUGUGUGGGAUCGGUGUGGCCCACGCCUCCAAAGGCCGGGAAGAGGCCUCGUUCCCAGAAGACACAGAAUCGGAGGCCCUGAGCCGGCACUGGAGGGGCUACACUGAUCUCUCAGAUGACGAGGACCUGCUGGCAGACGAGGCCUCUGGAGAUGGGAAUGGCAGUGGAGAGAACGGCAGCGGCAUUAUCUUCCCUGAGCCUCGCCCGGUGACCACCGCCCAUCCCCUCGCUCCCACAGCCCUCCUGCCUCCUCCUGUGGGGCUCCCCCCUCCAGCGAGCAUGACAGCCUCUGAGCCCGAGGAGGACUCUCUGCUCAUCUAUUUCCGGGCCCUGGUGAAUUUCACAAAGUCCAUUGACUAUUCCCCGCGCCUGGAUGACGUCAACUCGGAGGAGUUUCAAGAUGUCUCCAAAGCGGUAGUGGAUACGCUGGAGUCUGAAUACUACAAGAUCCCCGGGGAGCAAAUGGUCAGCGUGGUCUUCGUCAAGGAGAUCAACGGUGACAUCUUCGUGGAGCUGGACGUGGGCUCCGAGGGGAACGUGGACGAGGAGCAGAUCCGCCAGGUGCUCUACUCGGUCAUCGAGAGCGGCUCCAUCGCCUCUUACGUCACUUCGACGUGGGGCUUCCAGUUCCGCCGCCUGGGAGCAGUGACCCCUGUGGUGCGUGCCUGCACCGAAGAGGAGUUUGCGUGCCGCAGCGGAGAGUGCGUGGCCAGGGAGUUCCUCUGCGACCGCCGCCCAGAUUGUCGGGACAUGUCGGAUGAGCUGGACUGCGCUCACCUCCCACCCAUGGAUUGUGCCCACGACGAGUUCACCUGCGACAGCGGGGAAUGUGUGCGCCUGGCUGCCCACUGCGACGGACAUCCCGACUGUGGGGACGCCUCUGACGAGGAUGGCUGUGAUGAGGAAGGAGUUAUAACCCCUCCAGUGGUCGCCACUCCCCCACGGCCAGCCACCACCCGGAUUCCAGCCACCACCCUGCCAGUCACGUCUCGCCGGCCGCCGGCCACGACUCCUGCCCGCACGGUCACCUCCAAACCCCUGCUGAUCCCGGAGAGGCGCCCCUGCCGGAAGGACGAGGCCGUCUGCGCCAACAAGCAGUGCAUCUCUCGGGACUACCUGUGUGACGGCGAGAGAGACUGCCAAGAUGGCAGCGAUGAGCUGAACUGUGGCACCCCCAUUCCUUGCGAGCCCAAUGAGUUCAAGUGCCGCAACGGGCAUUGCGCCCUCAAGCUGUGGCGAUGUGACGGAGACAACGACUGCGGGGAUGGCUCUGACGAACUGCACUGCCCCACUAAGGGCCCCGGUGACACCUGCGGCCCUGACCAGUUCGUCUGCGUGGCCAGCCACACCUGCAUCCCCGCCAGCUACCACUGCGACAACGAGACUGACUGCACAGACCACUCGGAUGAGAUCGGCUGCACCCCUCCGCAGGUGAUCACACCUCCUGUAGAGUCCAUCCAGGCCGCCCCCGGGGAGACGGUCCAGUUCACCUGCGUGGCUGUUGGGGUGCCCACCCCCAUCAUCACCUGGAGACUCAACUGGGGUCACAUCCCCACCGGCCGCAGGGUGUCCAUCACCAGUGAGAACGGCCACGGGACCCUGGUCAUCCGGGACGUCGAGGAGGCCGACCAGGGGGCCUACAGCUGUGAGGCCAUCAACGCCCGUGGGAUGGUCUUUGGCAUCCCCGACGGCGUCCUGAGUCUCACCCCUGGGCAAGGGCCUUGUCCCGACGGGCACUUCCACAUCGAGGGCACCUCCCAGUGCCUGCCCUGCUUCUGUUUCGGCAUCACCAGAGCCUGUCACAGCAGCCGCCGCCACCGCAGCCAGAUCCGCCUGCGCUUCGAUGUGCCCGAGGACUUCAAAGGUGUUAACGUGACGACGCCGUCUCAGCCUGGCGUGCCCCCCCUCUCCUCCACGCAGCUGCAGAUUGACCCCAGCUUGCAGGAGUUCCAGCUGGUUGACCUCUCUCGCCGCUUCCUGGCUCAGGACUCUUUCUGGACCCUCCCCGGCCAGUUCCUGGGGAACAAGGUGGACUCCUACGGCGGCUUCCUCAGCUUCAAGGUGCGCUACGGCCUGGCCCGUGGCCAUUCGGAGCCAGUGCACAAGCCCAACGUCGUCAUUGUGGGCAACGGGCAGAAGCUCAUCUACCGGGUGCAGGUGCCCACGCAGCCGUUGGGGGUGAAUCAGCGGCAGAUCCAGUUCGUUGAGGAGCACUGGCAGAAGGAGUCGGGCGCCCCCGUCAGCCGGGAGGAGCUGCUGCUCGCCUUGCAGGACCUGGAGGCCAUCCUGAUCCAGACCGUCUACGACAACCGGAUGGCCAGCGUGGGCCUGAGCGACAUCGCCAUGGAUACCACCACCACAGAGGCCACGGGCCUGGGCGUGGCACACGCCGUCGAACAGUGCAGGUGUCCCGUCGGCUACCUGGGCCUGUCGUGCGAGCGGUGUGACGCCCAGUUCAAGCGAGUGCCUGGCGGACGCUACUUGGGCACCUGUGCCGGCUGCAGCUGCAACGGCCACGCCACCUCCUGCGACCCAGUCUUCGGACAUUGCCUGAACUGCCAGCACCACACGGAAGGGCCUCAGUGCAACCACUGCAAACCCGGUUUCUUCGGUGACGCCACCAAGGGCACCCCCACCGCCUGCCGCCCGUGCCCCUGCCCCUACACGGAGGCCCCCCGCAGGUUUUCCAGCACCUGCUUCCUGGACACGGACGGGCAGGCCACUUGCGAUGCCUGUGCCCCCGGCUACACGGGCCGUCGCUGUGAACGGUGUGCCCCUGGCUACGAAGGGAACCCCGUCCAGCCCGGUGGGGCGUGCGUGAGGAUUGGGCAGGAGAUAGUCAGGUGCGACGAGCGAGGCAGCCGAGAGGCCUCCGAAGGAGCGUGCCGCUGCAAGCCCAACGUCAUGGGCCGCCUCUGUAAUGAGUGCACCAGCGGGACUUUCCACCUCAGCCACAAGAACCCCGAGGGGUGCCUGAAGUGCUUCUGCAUGGGGGUCUCGCGCCAGUGUGCCAGCUCCUCCUGGCACCGGGACCAGGUGCGAGUGACGUACGAGGAUGCCGAGACGGGGCAGUUCACCCUCUCCAAUUUGGCCAGCACCCGGACGGUCAGCGAGGGGAUCCGCUUCGAAGGCCUUUCGGAGCUGGCCUUCUCCUCCUUCCAGGCCCUGCCGCGGGACGUGUACUACUGGGUGCUCCCCGAGCGCUUCAGGGGGGACAAGGUGACCUCGUAUGGGGGAGAGCUGCGCUACACCAUCCGCCACACGGCCUCUCCUGGCGCCUCGUUGCUGCACGGCCAGCCGGACGUGCUGCUGCAGGGGAACGGCCUCUUCCUGGAGCACAGGGGGAGAGCGGCCCCCCCGUCGGGAACGCCCACCACCUACACAGUGCCCUUCCGGGAGCAAGCCUGGCGUCGUCCUGAUGGGCAGAAUGCCACACGCGAACACCUCCUGAUGGCGCUGGCUGACAUAGAUGUUCUCAUGAUUCGGGCCUCCUACUCUGAGCGGCCGUCAGAGAGCAGGAUCUCGGGCAUCCACCUGGAUGUCGCUGUGCCCCAUUCCACGGGGCUGGACACGGCUGUGGAGGUUGAGGACUGCACCUGCCCUCCGGGCUACCGAGGCCCUUCGUGCCAGGAUUGUGAUGUCGGGUACACACGCACCACCAGCGGCCUCUACCUGGGCACGUGUGAGCCCUGCGACUGCAGCAGGCACGCGAGGGAGUGUGAUGCCCAGACUGGAGAUUGCCAGAACUGCCAGCACAACACGGAAGGGCCCCGGUGUGAACGCUGCCAGCCAGGUUUUUACGGGGACGCCAGGCGUGGGAGCCCCGGAGACUGUCAGCCGUGUCCGUGCCAGGGACCUUACUCCGCCAGCCAGGCCACCAAGACAUGCUUCCUGGACACGGACGGGCAGCCCACGUGUGACUCCUGCCACCCUGGCUAUGUUGGCCGUCAGUGUGAGAGGUGUGCUGCUGGCUACGUGGGCAACCCCGCCUCGGGCCAGCCCUGCAGAGAACCAGGUGCCCAGUGCCAGUGUGACCCGUUGGGCAGCCUCAGCAGCCGGUGUGAUGCCAGCGGGCAGUGCCAGUGUAAGGCCCACGUGGAGGGACCCUCCUGCAGCAGCUGCCGGGCCCACCACUUCCACCUGAGCGCGGAGAACCGGGACGGCUGCCUGCCCUGCUUCUGCAUGGGAGUCACCCAGCAGUGCACCAGCUCUUCCUACCACCGGGACCUGGUCACCAGCCCCUUCCUCCCCGGGAACACCCAGGGGUUUGCCCUGGUCAAUCGCCAGCACAACACCCGCAUCCAGACCGGCUUCACCGUGGAGAUGUCGGCCGAGGGUCCUCAGCUCUCCUACGGCCGUUUUGGGCAGCUGGGGCAGGAAUCCUACUACUGGCAACUGCCGGAGGUCUACCUGGGAGACAAGGUUGGCUCCUAUGGGGGACGCCUUCGCUUCACCCUUUCCUACGACGCCGGAGGGAGAGGCUCCCCGCUGCCAGACCCGAACGUGCAGAUCACUGGCAACGACAUCACGCUGGUCGCCUACCUUCCUGAGCUGUGGCCCCGCGAACGCAAGAGCUUUGAGGUUGUCUUCCGGGAGCAACACUGGAAGCGGCCGGAUGGGCAGCCCGCCACCCGCGAACACCUGAUGAUGGCCCUGGCCGAUCUGGACGAGAUCCUCAUCCGGGCCACCUACUCCACGGACAUGGCGUCGGCCAGCAUCACGGGCGUCAGCAUGGAGACCGCCGUGCCCACCUACACCAACCUGCCCCGGGCCCUGGAGGUGGAGGAGUGCCGCUGCCCGCCGGGAUACCAGGGCCUCUCCUGCCAGGACUGUGCAGCCGGUUACACUCGCACCGGGGGUGGGCUCUACCUGGGCCACUGUGCAUUGUGUGAAUGCAACGGGCACUCAGACACGUGCCACCCAGAGACAGGCGCCUGCUCAAGUUGCCUCCAUAAUACCGACGGAGAGUUCUGCGAGCAGUGUGCCCCCGGCUUCUACGGAGACGCCACUGCCGGCACCCCUGAGGACUGCCAGCAGUGUGCCUGCCCACUGCUUGAUCCGGAGAACCAGUUUUCGCGGACGUGUGAGAGCCUGGGGGGCGGAGGCUACCGCUGCACGGCCUGUGAGCCUGGCUACAGCGGCCAGUACUGUGAGCAGUGUGCCCCAGGCUACGUAGGGAACCCCAACGUCCGUGGCCAGAAGUGUGUUCAUCCAGGUGCUCCAGACCAGCCUCCGCUCGUUGUCCGAGUGCACCCCCCCCGGACGGCAGUGGCACAAGGCAGCGAGGUCACCCUGCACUGCCAGGUCAGCGGGCACCCCCCUCACUAUUUCUACUGGUCCCGGGAAGACGGGCGCCCCGUGUCAGGCACAGCCCAGCGCAGGCGGCAAGGGGAGGAGCUCCAUUUCCCCAGCAUCCAGCCCUCCGAAGCCGGGGUCUACAUCUGCACCUGCCGCAACCCGCAGUACAGCAACACGAGCCGGGCCGAAGUCAUUGUCACAGAAGCGCCCAGCAAGCCCAUCACGGUGACAGUCGAGGAGAAGAAGGUGCAGACCGUCCAGCCGGGGAGUGACGUCACCUUUGUCUGCACGGCCAAGAGCAAGUCCCCUGCCUACACGCUGGUGUGGACACGGCAGAACCACGGCAAGCUGCCCAGCCGGGCCAUGGACUUCAAUGGUAUCCUCACCAUCCGCAACGUGCAGCCCCAGGACGCCGGCAUCUACGUCUGCACCGGGUCCAACAUGUUUGACAUGGACGAGGGGAUCGCCACCCUCUACGUGCCAGCUCCGUCUAAGACUCAGAUGUUCUAUGGACCGGUAGAAGUGCUGGAAGGCCACAGACCCUCUGGAUCCGCCGUCCCCCCCAUGGCCACCGUCCAGCCCUCGCAGCUGAGCGUCCAGCCAGGCCAGCCUGCCGAGUUCCGCUGCAUCGCUACAGGAAACCCCCAGCCUACGGUGGAAUGGAUAGGUGGACAAGGGGGUGUCAUCCCCCCCAAGGCUCUGAUCCAGCGAGGGAUCCUGCGCUUCCCGGCCGUGGAGCCUUCUGACGAGUCGCAGUACUUGUGCCGCGUGCGGAACAGCGCCGGACAGCACAUGGCCCGGGCCUUCUUGCAAGUGCAGAGUGCUGGCGUGCCUCAGGUGCAGGUGAGCCCGGAGCGCACGGAGGUGCAGGAGGGCAGCACAGUGCGGCUGUAUUGCCGGGCGGCCGGAUCCCCCGCUGCCACCAUCACCUGGGAGAAGCAAGGGGGCACUCUGCCGCCACAGUCCCGCGAAGAGAGGACGGACAUCGGCACCCUGGUGAUCCCCUCCAUCAGCACCGCAGACGGUGGGGUGUACCUGUGUGUGGGGAGGAGUGCGGCGGGAGUUGGCCAAGCACGGAUUGAGGUGGAGGUCACCCGAGCCGCAGGCGCUCCCCCGGCCGUGAGGAUUGAGUCAUCUUCAUCGUCGGUUGUCGAAGGUCAGACACUGGAUCUGAACUGCAUCGUGGCUGGCCAAGCAGCUGGGGCGGUGACGUGGUACCGGCGAGGAGGGUCCCUGCCAGCCGGCCACCAGGUCUAUGGGCCACAUCUGCGGAUCCUGCACAUUUCCGCAGCCGACUCUGGCGAAUACGUCUGCCGAAUUAGCAACGGCGCUGGCCCCAAGGAAGCCUCCAUCACGGUGACUGUCCAGCAGAGCUCCGGAUCCUCACCGGAAGUCUCUCCAGUCCGCAUCGAAUCUCCGUCGUCCUCCGUCCCCGAGGGACAGGCCCUGGACCUGAACUGCCUUGUCGCUGGACAGUCACAGCCCCGAGUCACGUGGUACAAGCGCGGGGGAGCGCUCCCUGCCAGUCACCAGAUUUCUGGCUCCCGCCUGCGGAUUCUUCAGCCCUCAGCAGCAGACUCUGGCGAGUACGUAUGUCGGGUGAGCAGCAGCGGCAGCAGUGGCAGCACCCAGGAGGCCUCUGUCGUGGUCACCGUCUACAGCGCCUCCCAAACCUCCGGCGUCACCCCGCCUGUAAGGAUCGAGUCUUCGUCCCCCACUCUUGUGGAAGGGCAGACCUUGGAUCUCCACUGUGUCGUUGCUGGCCAGCCGGGCGCCACCGUCACCUGGUACAAGAGAGGCGGGACCCUGCCAGCCAGUCACCAGGUCUCCGGCUCCCACCUGCGCAUCCCCCAGGCCUCCCCCGCUGACUCUGGGGAGUACGUCUGCCACGUCAACCUGGAUUCCGUCAUCCGAGAAGCCUCCAUCAUUGUCGGCAGGACGGGCUCCUCCUCCUCCUCCUCCACCCUAGACAUCACACCCUCCAUGAAGAUCGAGGCUUCCUCACCUCAGGUCGCAGAAGGGCAAACCCUGGAGCUGGACUGCACUGCCGCCCACCGGGAGCAGGCCACGGUGAUGUGGUACAAGCGUGGCGGGUCCCUGCCGGCCAACCACCAGGCCUUUGGAUCUCGCCUGCGGCUGGUGCAGGUCUCCCCAGGGGAUUCUGGCGAAUAUGUUUGCCGCAUCAGCUACGGUGCCACCACCCAGGAGACCUCUGUCUUUGUCAGCAUCAGGGAGGGCAGCUCUGGCUCCUUCCCCCCCGGGGUGACGCCUCCAGUGCGAAUUGAGUCGUCCUCCACCUCCCCUGCGGAGGGACACACGCUGGACCUGACGUGCCUGGUGGCAAGCCCCUCGCAGGCCAGCGUGACGUGGUACAGGCGAGGAGGGCCCCUCCCCCCCAACCACCAGGUCUCCGGCUCCCUCCUGCGCAUCCCCCAGGCCUCGACCGCGGACUCCGGGGAGUACGUCUGCCGCGUCAGCAAUGGCACGGCUGUGCACGAGGCCUCCCUCAUUGUCACCAUCCAGGGCGGCCUGGGCUCUGCUUACUCUGUGGGUGUCACCCCCCCAAUACGGAUCGAGACCUCGUCCUCCUCUGUAGUUGAGGGACAGACGGUGGAUCUGAAUUGCUUGGUUGCGGGUCAGUCUCAGGCCCAGGUCAUGUGGUACAAGCGAGGCGGUGCCCUGCCCGUCAACAGCCAGAUCCUUGGAACACGCCUGAGGAUCCUGCAGGCCUCCACGAGUGACUCCGGAGAGUACAUUUGCUAUGUGAACGAUGGCGGCCACCCCCUGGAGGCCUCGGUCAUCGUCUCUGUCCCCAGCAGUGCCGCCUCCACUUACCCUUCUGUCGUCGUCCCACCGGUGAGGAUUGAGUCGUCAUCCUCGUCUCUCAUGGAAGGACAGACCUUGGAGCUGAACUGCCUCGUUGCCGGUCAGGCACAGCCCAAAGUCACGUGGUUCAAGAGGGGGGGUGCCCUCCCAGCCAACCACCAGGUGGUGGGCACACGCCUGCGCAUCCCACAGGUCUCCUCGGCCAACUCGGGAGAGUACGUCUGUCGCGUCAGCGGCGCUGCGGUCACCCAGGAGGCUGUGCUGGUGGUCACCAUCCAAGACAGCGAUAGCUCGUCUCAUCCCGCUGCCCCCCCUCUGAGAAUCGAGCCUUCGUCGCCCUCCGCCGUUCAAGGACAGACCUUGGAUCUGACUUGCGUUGCCCCAGGCCAGCCCCACGCCACGUUCACCUGGCAUCGCCGAGGGGGCGCUCUGCCUGCCACUCACCAGAUCUCCAACUCCCACCUGAGGCUGGUCCACCUCAGCCCGGCUGACUCUGGCGAAUACGUGUGCCGCGAGCAUGGCGUCGCCACCCCCCGAGAGGCUUCCUUUGUGGUCUCUGUGCUGUCUGGCGCCAGCGCCUCUUCCCGUCUCCAGAGCCCCAUCAUUUCCAUCGAGCCCCACAGCACUGCGGUGCGCAAAGGGGAGGACAUCGCCUUCAAGUGCCGGAUCCAUGAUGGGGCCCAGCCCGUCACGAUCUCCUGGAAGCUGCCCAACAACCAGCUGCAAGAUAACGUGAAGAUCAGCCCCAAUGGCUCAGUGGUCACCGUCACGAAUGCACGCCCCGCCAACCAGGGGACGUACCGCUGCGUGGCCUCCAACCGCUUUGGAAUAGCCAACAGUGUGGUCAACCUGAUGGUGCAAGCGCCUCCUACUGUCUCCGUGGCGCCCAAGGGCCCCAUCCAGGUGAAGGUGGGCAAAUCUUUCAGUGUGGACUGCCAGGGCACGGGUGAGCCCCGCCCACUGGUCCGCUGGAGCAAGCUGGGUGUCCGACACAAGGUGGAGAAUCAGGAUCCAAUACUUGCGGAGAGCCGAUCAACUUUGCAGGUCAAAUCUGUGAAGCUUGGAGAUGCGGGGACGUACGUGUGCCUGGCUCAGAACGCCCUUGGGAUGGCGGAGGCGCAGGUGGAAGUCAGUGUGGAGAGCGUCCAUGGGAGACCCGGGGCACCGGAGGUCAACGUGAGCCCCACCCUGACCGUGGUCACUGGACAGACGGCACGGCUCCACUGCUCUGCAACAGGGGAUCCCGUUCCCACCAUCCAGUGGUCCAAGCUGAGGGCCCCCUUGCCCUGGCAGCACCAGCUGGUGAACGACACCCUGGUCAUCCCCCGGGUGGCUCAGCAGGACUCCGGGCAGUACAUCUGCAACGCCAGCAACGCGGCCGGCUUCACGGAGGCCUUUGUCAUGCUGGACGUGGAGUCCCCACCGUAUGCAACCACCCUCCCGGACGUGGCGUCGGUACGGGCAGGCGAUGUGAUACAAUUCCAGUGCCUGGCCCACGGCACCCCGCCCCUGCGGUACGAGUGGUCCAAGGCCAACGGCAGCCUCCCUGGCCAUGCGUUGGUGCGCGAGGCUGUUCUGCACAUCAGUCCCGCCACACCCCAGGAUUCGGGCACCUACCGUUGCCUCGUCAGCAACCGGGUGGGCUCCGCUGAGGCUCUGGCGCAGGUCCGGGUGCGAGGCCCAGUUGGCGGACCCCCCUCUGUCCAGAUCUCCCCACAGAGUGACACGAAGGCCGUGGGCAGUGUGGCCGAGUUCACGUGCUCAGCUGCCGGAGACCCCGAGGCACAGAUCGAGUGGUUCAGAGAGGAUGCGGAGCUGCCCCCCAGCCACAGCAUCCAGAACGGGGUCCUUCGGAUCGAGAAGGUGGACCGGGGGUGCCAAGGCGUGUACGUCUGCCGGGUCAGCAGCCCCUCCGGACAGGCUGAGGGCAGGGCCAGGCUGGUCGUCCAGGCAUUGCCCAAGGUGAUGAUCAACAUCCGGACGUCGGUGCAAACAGUGCUGGCGGGCAACGCGGUGGAGUUUGAGUGCCUGGCCUUUGGGGACCCCAAGCCACACGUCACCUGGAGCAAGGUGGGCGGGCGGAUGCGGCCGGAGGUGCUGGUGAGCGGCGGCAUGGUGAAGAUCGAGCGGGUGGAGCAGGCCGAUGCCGGGCAGUAUCGCUGCACCGCCACCAACAGUGCUGGCACGGUCCAGUCCCACGUCAUCCUGCACGUCCAGUCCGUCCCCCAGAUAGCAGCCCAGCCGGAGGUGAAGGAAGUCACGGCCGGGUCCAAGGUGGUCUUCCCCUGCAUGGCCUCUGGCUUCCCGGUCCCUGACAUCUCGUGGACCAAGCUCGAAGGAGACCUCCCCAAGGGCAUCCAGGUGGAGGGGAACGUCCUGACCAUCCCGGCGGCCCGGCCGGACGAUACCGGCAUCUAUGUCUGCACGGCCUCCAACCGGCAGGGGAAAGUGACGGCCUUCUCCAUGCUGAAAGUGCGAGAGCGGGUGGUGCCGUAUUUUACCCAGAAUCCUCAGUCCUACCUCGUCCUGCCAACCAUGAAAGACGCCUACAAGACGUUCGCCAUCGAGAUCACCUUCCGGCCGGACACUCCUGACGGGAUGCUGGUGUACAAUGGCCAGAAGAAAAACACGGGCACCGACUUCGUGUCCUUCGGCCUGGUGGGGGGCCGCCCGGAACUCAGGUUUGACGCUGGCUCUGGCAUGGCCACCAUUCGCCACCCCUCGGUCAUCAAGCUCGGCGAGUUCCACACGGUCCGACUCUACCGCAACCUGACCCGGGGCUCCCUGGUGCUGGACCAUCACCCCCCCGUGAACGGCACCUCUCAGGGCAAAUUCCAAGGUCUGGACCUGAACGAGGGGCUGUACUUGGGCGGAUACUCCAACUAUGCUGCCGUCGCCAAGACUGGCCUCAGCAGCGGCUUCGUUGGAUGUGUCCGGCAGCUCAUCAUCCAAGGGAAGGAGGUGAUCUUCAAGGACUUUGACUUGCAAGCCCAGGGGGUGUCGAAUUGUCCCACCUGCCAGGACCAGCCAUGCCAGAACGGAGGCCUCUGCAGGGACUCGGAGAGCAGCAGCUACGUGUGCGAGUGUCCCCGGGGAUUUGCCGGCAGCAACUGCGAACACUCCCAAGCCCUGCGCUGCCACCCAGAGGCCUGCGGCCCUGAUGCCACCUGCGUCAACCAGCCCAGCGGUCGAGGCUACAGCUGCCGGUGCCUCCUAGGCCGGCACGGGGAGAAGUGCAUGGCAGGUGCCGCGGUGACCACACCUUACUUCCACGGCGGGGACGCCUUCGUCUCCUACCCGCCCCUCACCAACAUCCACUACGAGCUGCGCCUGGACGUCGAGAUCAAGCCUCUCGCCCCCGAGGGCCUCGUCCUCUUCAGCGGGGGCAACGGUGCCCCGGUGGCAGACUUCGUCUCACUCAGCAUGGUCAACGGGCACGUCGAGUUCCGCUACGAGCUGGGCUCAGGCACAGCCGUUCUCCGGAGCACGACGCCCAUUGAGCUGGGCCAGUGGCACAAGAUCACAGCGGAGCGCUUGAACAAAGACGGGUCCUUGCGGGUGGAUGGCGAGAGGCCGGUGAAGAGGUCCUCGCCGGGCAAAAGCCAGGGCCUGAACCUGCGCACCUCUCUGUACCUGGGUGGCGUGGAUGAUACCAUCCAGCUGCCAGCAGCCGCCAACAGCAGCAGCCACUUCUACGGCUGCAUCGGGGAGGUUUCAGUCAACGGGAAAAAGGUGGACAUCUCGUACAGCUUCCUGGAGAGCCGCGGCAUCUCUCAGUGCUUCGACAGCUCCCCCUGCGAUCGCAGGCCGUGCCAGCACGGGGGCAAGUGCCUGCCCACCGGGGAGUACGAAUUCCAGUGCCUGUGCCCAGAGGGCUACAAGGGCGAGCGCUGUGAGGAGUCAGAGGUCCACUGCCGGCUCCCGCACCCCUGCCUCAACGGGGGCACGUGCCAGGAUACGGCGUGUCUCUGCCCCGCGGGCUUCCUGGGCUUAUACUGUGAGCACGGUGAGUCCGAGGCACCAUCUGAAUGCACAGAAGGCAGCGGGGGCAGCGAUGCCCCGGGGCAAUACAGUGCCUACUUCCAGGACAGCAGCUACGUGGCCCUUCCGCGGCACGCCUUCCCCAGGAGCCUCCCCGACUCCCCGGAGACGAUAGAGAUGGAGGUGCGCACCAGCUCUCCAAGUGGGCUGCUUCUCUGGCAGGGCGUGGAGGAAGGGGAAAGCGGGAAGGCCAAGGACUUCAUCAGCCUUGGGCUGAGAGACGGAUACCUGGUGUUCAGCUUUCAGCUGGGCAGUGGGGAAUCCAGCAUCCUGUCCGAAGACCCCGUGGACGACGGCGAGUGGCACAAGGUGACGGCCAUUCGGGAAGGGCGGAGAGGCUUCCUUCAGGUCGACGGGGAGGAAACGGUGACCGGGGAGUCCCCGGGCAAGAAUGUCAUGGUGAAUGCUAAAGGCCCAGUUUACAUAGGAGGAGGACCCGAUAUCCAAACCUUGACUGCAGGCAAGUACAUCUCAGGACUCACCGGGUGCGUUAAAAACGUGGUGCUGAUCAACGAGAGGCCGGGCCAGCACCCUCAGCCGCCAGUGGACCUUCAGCACCACUCCGAGGCGGCCGUGAACACCCAGGAGUGCCCCUCGUAGGCCAGGCCGGCCUCUUCCACACGCCUCGCUGUUCUCGUGUCAUCAGGCCAACCCAGAGACAUCUGUUAUUGUUAUUAUUAUUUUAUUAUUAUGAAUUUUUUUAAGAAACGAAAAUGGUGCUUUGCUGCUACCAAAAAGGGGGGGUUGGUUGGUUUGUGUUUGUGUAAGUGACAGACCAGCGGGCCGGUCGUGGCCCCCUCCCCCCACCGGGAAGGACAGAGGCGGCUCAGCAGCGGACGCCCAGGACCACCGGAGAGCUGCACUGGUGGGAGGAGGAGGAGGACUGCCGCUCCUGCUGCUGCCGCUGCUCAAGUGCUUCUGGGACGACCAGCGAGGCACACUCGGAGGACUUGCGCCUGGGGGACUGGUGCAGCCUGUUCUCCGUGCCUGGGGGUGGGGUGGGGCGGGGCUUCUCCACUUCAGCUGAUAGGCUGGACCAGGCAGGUCGCGACCAAAGAUUGCCACCUUCCCCAGGGGGGAGGAGGGAUGUCCUUGCUGCCCGGGAGAGGAAAGAGCUCCUGAUUCUCAGCAGCAUCUGCCACUCUUGCCCGGUCAGGCCAGGCUUACUGAGAGCAGCGGGGGGAAGGAGUGACGCCCGUCACACCCACCCCCACCCCCACAUCUGGCACUCGAGGAGCUUCUACGCUUGGCUGGGGGGUGGCCGUCCCUGAGCUUUCUGUGUUUGUCACAAUGUCCCUUCCCUGCCUCAAACGACCUCAUAGAGUGUGGAUCGGGGCUGGGAGGCUGUGGCCUCCCCCCGCACUCCCCCUCCCCUGCUGGCUUGGGCCUGUGAGCACCACCGGGGGCGUCAAACCACAGCUGUGUCCAAAGACCACAAGGCAGAGCCGGGUGCCUUCCUCUCCCCCCCCCCAAGUCCACAGCCCCCACAUUUCUUCAGUGCCUUCUGCAGUGGAUCCCCGUGCUCCUGCCGACAGCCAGCCCCCAGCUUUGGGGGGCUUAGACGGGGCUCUUCUCAGAGCCUCUUGCAGCCCCCUUUCCAGCAGCCGGUCCCCCCUGGCCACGGAUGGGGCCGGAGCAGGGCGUUGGGAGCAGCUGACCCGCCUUCCUCCUCCGUGGCGCCUGUCUGCGCUCUCUGAUGUGAGCCAGGGGCAGAGGUUCCCCUCCGGGCUGCCUCGGUGUGGUGCUUAAGAGGCAGAAGGUGCCCUUCGUAGCGGAGCACGGGGCUUUCUUCCACCAGGACACCCCCCCCCCAAGAUCUUGCCGUCACUGAGGAUGGCAGGCCGAGGCAGAGCACAGGCGUUGACCAAAACGAGCAGCCCGGCCCCUCUCCUCGAAUGCCUCGGGCCCUGUUCUCACGUGGGGGUGCAGGCAGACGGGGCCUCCUCCGCAAAGCAGUGGGGGGUCCCGGGAUGGCUCCCCAGUCGGGCGCCCCCGCCCCCUUCUCCUCGUGGCUCGUUGGGGACCAGGUGUGCCUCCCCCUACCCGGACUCCUCUGCCUCGGCCGCCUUCGCCAAGGAUCAGAACACUGCCCGGGAGGCCCCUGCGCCACUCAGGCGGUCCCGGAACGCAUUCCUGUCUAUGCUGUCCCCGCCUGCCCCCCCCCCAUUUGUUCUUGUUUUCUUUCUUAAAUAAAUGGUGCUGA